AUGUCGCGCCAGCUUGUCGCUCGCGCGGCAGAUGGGCUAUGGCAUCCGAUCACGUGGCCUAUACCCUGUACCCAGUUGCUGCUCUUCAGUCCCUCUUUGGCUGUGCUCAGCGGCACAGCGUUCCCCCAUGGCCUUCCCAACGGCGUGACGCGGAUCUUCCCUCUCUCAGUUGCCGACCAGCAGCAGGCCGAAGGAUGGCAGACGAGCUGCCACCAGUCUCUCGAACAACAGAUCGGGAGCAAGGUCGAUGGCUACGUGAGCCUUCGCGUCAGUCGGCCGCAGGGCAGGGCUCCUUUGCUCGUCCGAGAGCUUCCCGAAACCGUGGGCAGCAAGGUGUGGCGUGGCGCCUGGCUUCUCUGGAAGUGCCUGGCAAACCUCCACGGUUUGGGCGGAGUCUCCCGUGUGCUGGAGUUGGGUGCCGGCGUGGGCCUGGUGGGGCUGCUUCUUGCAGCGGACCAUUCGCUGGAGGUAGUGGUCUCUGAGACGCGGAGCGGCUAUGGUGGAGCAGAACUGACGUGGGAAAAUCUGGUUUACAAUGUUCAGAUGAAUGCUGAGCAGAUUGACGAGGGCGGGGGUCGCAUAGAGGCUUUGGAAUUAGACUGGACGCAGGGCCUGCAGGACCAGGUGCGGAAAUUUGACCUCGUGGUGGGCAGCGAUAUACUCUAUGAGCCGCAUAUCUUCGAAGACCUGUUGGAUGUUAUGCAGACAGCAGCUUCGGAAGCAGUUCUGGUGCAGAACGUGGCGAGGAAGGGCACGCAGUACUUCAAAGAGCUUUGCCGGGCCAGAAACAUCGGGCUGCGGGCCGUCGACGUGUCUGACUUGGAUGCGAACGAACAGUGGCUUGUUGAAGGUGUUGCUGAUGCAGUCGACGGGGUCUACCAGUGCUGGUUCCUAGAUUUCAGCCAAGCACAGAGCGGAAGCGAAGGCUGU